UUUAAUGUUUGGUGUUGCAUGUUUAUAAAGGAUAUAUUUAUGUGCAUACAUCUCGUUAAGGGGCCUGGUCUAUGUAUAUAUACAGGGGUCUUUGUUACCUACCUACGUCAGACGACGGUAUUUAUAAAUGUGGAAUACUGUAAGGAAUGUCAGAAGGACUUGCUAGGGUAGAGUAUUUGAUAAAUAUCCUAAUAUUACUCGGAGAAAGUUAAAGGAUUGACAUGAUAUCAGCAGCAAGUUUGGGAAUACCCUGUGUAAACAUAGAGAGAUAUGGUUCCAGGUGUCCUUUUCUUCUUUCAUUACCUUGAGAUAAGGUACGGAAUCCAGCAAAGACCACAGAAUGAGUCCCGAGGGAAACACGUAGACAAGUCGGCCCGAUGGGUUGGCUGACAUUGAUGAAGAAGUGAUUCAAGGAGAGAAAUAUCUUCAUUUUGACACCUUUUAACGAUAUAAAUUACACGUUGCCAUGACGGCUUACUUAUCCGUCGGUUCCGAUCUUCAGAGACGGGUGUUAUCUCCUCUUCUUGAAAAUCCGGAAGGAGAGGAGGAGGAGACACCGAAACCCCCAACACUGGAGGAGUAUAUUCCGCGACCUGGUACGCGAGGACCAAGUCGACAGGCUUUCAUGACAGAAGCCGCCAACGAUUCGGACGGAUCGGAUCAGGAACCAAAACCAGACCAGCAACAAGUGUCCUCGGACGAUAUUACUCUUAAUAUUGCAAUCAAUGGGGGAUGCUUCCUCGAGGAUGUGAACAGUGACGACGACGAUUCCAUUAGUGAUGGGAGCUUGUCGAUUCCUACCGACGAUUUCGACACGGAUCUCGAAAUAGACGAUGAUCAAUGGUUAAAUCCCUCCAAGACCGACCAUGACACUACAGGAAGGACAAAAUAUAUCAAAGUGUGCAACGAUAUGGGAAUAAGUCCAGUGUCAUAUUUUGUGAAAAAUUUGGAACAGAGAGAACUUAAAAUGAGAUUCCAUGGAUUAGGACCACUUGGAAUUAAAGCAAUAUCAAUCCCUCUGGAGACGAAUACAAACAUAGAAAUCUUAAAUCUACAAGGGAAUGGUAUCGACGCAACAGGAGCCAAAAGUCUCUGCAGAGUGCUAAGGGAAAACCUGUUCCUAACAGAAGUGGUGCUAUCAGAAAAUAAAAUUGGAACAGAAGGCGCCAUUUCGUUAUGUCAAUUCCUAAAAGGAAACAGAAACCUGUUCAAGGUCGACCUUACUGCAAAUGAAAUCGGCGACUCGGCAGGCCAGUGUUUCUAUGAAGUUCUUAAAGGAAAUCCUAUAUUAAAAGAGCUCGUUCUUGCCAAUAACUGUUUGGAAGAAAACAGUGCGAAGUGGCUGAAGGAAGCUCUAACAGACAAUGAGAACCUGGAGGUGUUAGAUCUGAGUUGGAACCAGUUUAAAACAAGAGGUGCAAUCUGUUUAUGUCAGGGCUUACAGGAAAAUGUAGGGCUGAAGCGGUUCAAACUUGUGAUGGCCGGUCUGGGAAAGAGUGGGGCGGAGGCGAUGGGUGUGGCACUGAAACAGAACCGCACUCUCUUGGAACUAGAUAUCAGUUUUAACCGGAUACCGAUCGAGGCAUCUGGGGCAAUCGCCGCGGGGGUCAGGGAAAACGACACCCUUAAAACGUUAAAGAUUGGAAACAAUCCAUUUGAAUCUAAUGGAGCUAUGGCGAUUCUUCAAGCCAUUGACCAAAAUGAAAACAGUGCAAUAACUUUUCUCGACUUCAGUAAUAUGAUGGUGAAAAUAGAAUUUGCUGAGAUCGAAACACGUCUAGCAGAAAGCAGAGGUCUGAGAGUUGUUAACGAAGGCGUCCUUCCGGAAAUGCAUCCCAAAAACGGAAAUUACGCCAGAUUGAGUGCAUUUCGACGAGAUCCUAUUGAAACGUUUAAGAAAUAUGCAGAAUUUUCGGGAGUUGUCUUAGAAGAAGUUUUUAAUUGCAAACACAAAGUAAAAAUAGAUGCUUCAGAAUUCAAAACUCUUAUCAAGGGAUCUGGCAUUGACAUUCCCGACCAACACAUGACUGUAUUGAUUCGAUCAUUGGAAAGUGAUGGCUUCAUUUGUUACUGGAAAAUCUUUGAAGAAAAUGGAAACAAUGAUGGCACCCAUGUGAGCUUUUCCGGAAAUGUCGAUGAGAAAGGACACGUAAUGGACAAAAAUAAAAAUAGACCUAAAUCGAAAGACUCUCCAAAAUUAGAUAAUUCCGGGGCGAAACCCAAAUCAGCUAAAGCGAAAAAGAAAAAAGAGAAAAAGAAGAAAACAUAGCGUAGAAAUAUAUGUGCAUUGUAAUCUAAAGACUGUAUCUUUUCCAUUUGGAUCCUAGAUGGCAGGUUAAAAUGAAGUGACCUGUGCUGAAGUCUACAUACGAAAGUACAAAGGAGUGGCUAAUUUUAUAAAUGACACAAGUAUUAAAGUCUGUAGCACUGGAAACAUAAACAGGAAAUAUGACACCUUCAUGUGACAUUCUAUUGUUGUAUACAUCGUACUGUAAGUAGAUGUUAUGUCUGCCACAGACAAGGUGAAGGCUAUGAUGGCAUGGUACGAGUUGUUGAGCAUGACGAACAUUUGACUUCCGGUCAUUGAUAUAAACCGUAUAUAUGUACAUACUGCCGAUAACAUUUAUGUUACAGUAAGUUAUUAUGCAAAUGAUGCAAGAGCUGGACUGAAAUAGGCUAAGGAAAGAUGAAAACAGGGGUUUUGUAAACAAUGCAACUAGCGCCAUGCGAGUUCAUGGUGACAUUCAUUUUUACAUAUUUGUCGUAUUUAUUGCCUUCGAACACGAUACUUUAUUAUAAAAAAUGAGAUAAUGGUCAUACGCUAAUACGUCGGAAUUCUUGUGAAGAAGGACAUAUUGCGGUCGUACUGCUAUAGUGAAAAUGUCUACACAGUAAAAAAAAUAAACUUUUAUAGUAUGUAUACAUUUAAGUGCAGGCUAGAAAAUGAACUACAUAUUAUGUGAUGUAUAUUCUUUCUGCAACCUUCGUAAUAAUAUGAUGUUUAAACUGUAUCGUCACCAGGUAUGAUACAAAAUACACGCCAAAAAUGAUAUAAGAUAACCUCACAUACCUUAGUAAAGGUCUUUUCUUCAGUGACCCAACGUUCGAGAUUUUUCCAAAAGUUAAGAAAAAAAAAAUUUCUAUUGAAUAUUGAAUAUUCAGGGCAUCAUUUGUUUGUAUAUUUUUUUUUUUGACUAAAAUAUCUUUUUCUUGAAAAAGAACAACUUUUGCAUCUUUUUGAUAUAUGAGAUUUAUCUUCGUCAUACAUUGACAGUUAGAAAGCAAUAUCUUUGAAAUUUAGUUAUUCUAUACGUGAAGGAUACAGUACAAUGUCCUCGAAUUUUCACCUCUUCUGAAACUUUUUGCAUACCUUUAACUAUGACUUUACCAUUACCUUUAACUAUGACUUUACCAUACCUUUAACUAUGACUUUACCAUACCUUUAACUAUGACUUUACCCUACCUUUAACUAUGACUUUACCAUUACCUUUAACUAUGGCUUUACCAUUCCUUUAACUAUGACUUUACCAUACCUUUAACUAUGACUUUACCAUAUCUUUAACUAUGACUUUACCUUACCUUUAACUAUGACUUUACCAUUCUUUUAACUAUGAC